AUGCAUUGCUUUGGAUCCAACAGGCCAGAACCAGUACUGUGGACAAAGGAUGGUGGAGAACUACCAGAUCCAGAGAGAAUGGUUGUCAAUGGCAGGGUCCUAAGCAUCAGUUUCCUAAACAAAACAGACAAUGGCACAUACCGAUGUGAAGCAAAAAAUCCUAUUGGCCGAAACAGCACAGAAUAUGUCCUGAUAGUACAUGAUGUUUUCAACACUUUGCUUCCCACUACUGUCAUCCCCUCCCUUACCACUGCAACAGUCACAACCACUGUAGCCUUAACAACCAGCACAACCACAUCGGCAACAGCCAUCAGCACCAGAGAUCCAAAUGCUUUGGCUGGACAGACUGGACCUGACCACGCUCUUAUAGGAGGAAUAGUGGCUGUAGUUGUCUUUGUAACGCUAUGUUCUAUAAUUCUCCUUGGUCGAUACCUGGCAAGACAUAAAGGAACAUAUUUAACAAAUGAAGCAAAAGGAGCUGAAGAUGCACCUGAUGCCGACACAGCCAUUAUCAAUGCAGAAGGCAGCCAAGUCAAUGCAGAGGAGAAAAAAGAGUAUUUCAUUUAGAUGCAGAGCUAGAAUCUUGGAGUUUGACUUAUCAAGCUGACUGCUGGAGAAAACUGGCUAUCAUUGCUCAGAAUUCAUUUCUGCCAUCUUCUGCUAUCUUUAUUAACUCGCAUACCUGCUAUAAGUAGCCAGUUUAUGCCAACAAUCAGCUGUUGACAUCAUCAUUCUAUAAUUACAGUAUCAUGCGUAAAGCAGGACAUUUCUUAUUGCCUAAAAUUCAUAUCCACUGCUCUCUUAACAUACAGUGCUUGAAUAUACAGCCUUAACAAUGUUAAUCAUCAUCUUAAUCCAAGUUUUCUACAUUUUUAAAUGUUAUGCAACUUUCUUCUUUUUCAGUUUUAUCAUGUCCCUACUAGUAUGUCAUAGAACAAUGUUCAUAACAAAUACUAUUAGGUAAGGACCUAAUUUACUUACAUAAAAUGUUAAGUCUAAGAUUAGAGGUUUACAAAGAAUGUUUUAUACAUAUCUAUCUAUAAGUCAAAAAGCAACCUGUUUUUGAAACAUAUGCCCUAGGAAAAAACGCAAACUGAAAUAUUUUUAGUAUAGUUUCUUGUAUGCUUGGAUUUGGUGGGAAAAAAAAAAGUCCACUGAACAUUUUUUGUUGUUGUUGUUGUUUUGCUUUGGUUUGUUAUGUUUUCAAUGGUACCUUGACAGCAGUGCCAUGUUUCAGUGGUAAAACCAUGCUGAAUAGCUAUACAGAUUCUGCAAAGUUAGAUCAUAGUGUUUGGUUUGAAACAGAUUUGUCCUGCCCUUUUACUGCUUUUUGGGAUCGCAAAGAUUAGAGAACUUUCUGAGUUAAUUUCUGUUUUUAUAAUUUAUUUGCUUCACAUGAACUCACCUGCCUACUCCAAUUUGAAAUGUUCAUGGGGCACAACUGCAAGGCAUUUUAGUAUCUGUAUAUAGUGCAUAUAAUAAAUUCAAUUAAACAUUAUUUGAUACAUAUUUAACUUUUUUGGCAGUAGCUAAGUCAGUCCCAAGUAAGCAUUUUCUAAUGUCCAUUAUAUCCCUUUAGAUAUGACUCAAAUCAAUAUUCUGAGUAGAUAACAUGUAAUAGUAUUUUUUUGUCUGUAUGUCCUAGCACUGUUCAGCAGCAAACUUUUCUAGUUCUUGUUAAUUUUUUCUUUGUUAUACAAUGGAAGCACAAUGUUAUAUGGAAAGGUAGUUUUAAGCUAACAACCAGUGCACAGCCUCAGGUUUUAAAUUACAACCACAUUUGAUUAGUAUCCUUAAAAAAUAAUAUUGAGUUGCUAAAAUUCUCGAUUUUUAAUUUGGCAGUUCCAGAGCUGCUUCUCUAUGUUGGUUUGCCAAAAAAAAUUAAAAAAAAAGAAAAAAGAAAAAAAAAAAAAAGAAAAAAUAGAAGUGUUAAAACAAAAGAUAUAUGUUUUGUGUAUACAGUAAAUGGACUAAUUCUUUAUAUUAAAUUCCUGUCUAUGCAUUUUGUGAGGUACAAACUUAUGUCACCGUGAAUGAUAGAGAAUUCCUGCCAUGCUUUUAGCUCCACAGUGAAAGUCUCUGUUUGGAUUAUUUCUGAAAUUUUUUGUGUAACUGACAGCUGAAAAAUCACAUGCUCUUAAAUAUGACAACAAAACACUGUAAGCCCAUCGGCUUAUUUCCUCUUCCAAUGAAAUAAAAAGGUUGCUAUAACAGCUCUUGGAAAUGAUUCUACACUGGAGAACGCAAGUGAGUCUAGAUGGAGCUCUUGUCUUGCUCCUAAGUUUUGCACCUUUGACAAAAGAGUGUUUCUCUCUGUACUUGUGAAGCCUAAAAGCAUGAUGGUCUGCUGUAAAGGACUUUCUCCUGGGAUUUUAUUUUUGUGUGGGGAAGGGAGAGUUUGGAAUAUGACAUCAUGUAGUAUGGUAAAAUGGAAGAUAAAGGUGCUGUGUCAGAUUAUUUAUCAGAAGAGUAUAAACCUUUUAAGGACAAUAUUAGAGUAUUUUAAUUGUUUUUGUUGAAACAUUUAUCUUGUUAAUUUCUAAGAGAAAAGGGUGACGUCAAUCAAAGCAGCACUUUUUUUCAAAAUAUACAGACAUAAAUAAUAUGAUGUGGUUGAGUGUUAACAUAAUAAAUCAUAUACAGUAUGACAUUUUAAAGAAA